GUCUUAGGGAUGAUGGACACGACUGUUUUGAGCUGUGGCCAGAUUUUCGGUGUGGGCUCCUCCAGCGAAGAUUUUUGGAGGCUGAGAUAGUGGGUUCGUUAUUUUGUGGAGGAGAACAGGGUGAUAGGCCACGUUUGGAAAGUUCCUCACACGCAUCGUUGGAAAAUCACUCAAGGUUGACGGGUCAUCAUGACGACAGAAGGCGGCUCUGAGACAGAGGUGAAGGAGAAAGCCGAGGAGUCAGCCACGCAGCCGGACCAAUCAGAGAAGGCCACAGAGGACAGUCAGGAAGUAGUGAACGCUGCAGGAGAGGAGAAGGACAAAGAGAAGGAGAAGGGGAAGGAGAUCAAGGAGGGCAAAGGAAUAUCUAAAUACCUGCCAACAUGGCUUAAGAAGCAGAAGUCUCAGAGCCAGACCUCCCCGACCAAGGAGGCCCUGCCCACAGAGGAAGCCCUAACACAGGAAGAGGAGGGGCCUGUCCCAGAAGUGAACGGUCACGCAGAGGAAGUGGAAGAGAAGGAGGCAGUAAAGUCAGAGCAAGUGAAGGAAAAAGAAGUAGAAUCUCAUUCCAACGCCAGCGCAGACACCGAGCCUGCCAAGGAAGAGAAAGUGGACGAGAGCACAGAGAAGAGUCCAGAAGAGACCAAGGAGGCAACAGAGGGAGAAGAAGCCGAGGAGCAGAAGACAGAGCAGGAAGGAGAGGUGAACGGUGAGCGGGAGGAGGAGGAGGAGGGAGGAGGAGGAGAAGGCCAUACCUCCAUUUUUCAGUCUCCUCUACGACUGGUGAGGAAGAACAAGAUGAAGCUGGUGGUGUGUCACGUGAACCUCUUGGAUGGGAGUGACUUCUCCUGCGAGGUGGAGAAACGUUCAAAGGGGCAGUUCUUGUUCUUUAAGGUGUGUGAGCAUCUUAACCUCAUGGAAAAAGAUUACUUUGGUCUGACAUACAUAGACAACCAUGAACAGAAGUGCUGGUUGGAUCCCACCAAGGAAAUCAAGAGACAGAUACGCAGUAACAACUGGCAGUUUGUCUUCAACGUCAAGUUCUACCCUCCUGACCCCUCACUGCUCACUGAAGACAUCACCAGGUACCUGUUGUGUCUGCAGCUGCGUGAAGAUGUGGCCACAGGUCGGCUGCCUUGUUCAUUCGUCACCCAUGCAUUGCUUGGGUCCUACACACUGCAGGCUGAAUUUGGUGACUAUGAACCCGACCAGCCUCGGCCUCUGGACUACAUCAGCCAACGGACCUUUGCGCCCAAUCAGAACAAAGAGAUGGAGGAGAAGAUUCUUGAACUGCACAAGUCUCACAGGGGGAUGACACCAGCACAGGCCGACACCCAGUUUCUAGAAAAUGCCAAGAAACUGUCCAUGUUCGGGGUGGACCUGCACCACGCUAAGGAUUCUGAGGGUGUGGACAUCAUGCUCGGUGUGUGUGCCAAUGGACUGCUGGUUUACAAAGACAGACUUCGGAUAAAUCGCUUCGCUUGGCCCAAAAUCCUGAAGAUAUCCUACAAGAGGAACAACUUUUACAUCAAGAUCAGACCAGGAGAGACUGAGCAGUUCGAGAGCACGGUGGGAUUCAAGCUGCAGAACCAUCGAUCUGCCAAAAGACUGUGGAAAGUCUGUGUAGAGAAUCACAGUUUCUUCAGGUUAAAUGCACCAGAACCCCCAACUAAGGCCCGCUUCCUGACUCUGGGCUCCAAGUUCCGUUACAGCGGGCGAACUCAGGCCCAGACCCGCGUGGCCAGCUCCCUCAUAGACCGACCUGCGCCCAACUUUGAACGCACCUCGUCCAAACGCAUCAGCCGCAGUCUGGACGGAGCACCAGUGAUCAGCAUAACCGAGGCCGGCAGGGACACGGCUGAGAAUGGACGUGAUCCCCACCUGGAGCUCCACUCUGACUCUAAGAAGGUUAAGGAGGUGGACUUGAGCCCUGGUGAUGCGGAGGCCGCGCCCACCCAGCAGUCACCCGGAGCCAGUGAGCUCCCCCCCUCUCAGGACCAUGAUAAGACCCAAGACGAGGUCCUGAAACACCAAGCUAGCAUUAGCCAGCUAAAACGCUCCUUUAUGGAGGCGCCACCUCCCUCUCCUCCUCAGCCCAACCAGUGGGAGAAACGUCUCACCUCCUCCCCUGCUACAACGAUACGUGUUCAGCAGCAACAAGUGGUGAGUGUGACUGAAACGGACGCAGCCACUGCUGAUAACUCGAUCUCUGACACCAAAGAUCCUCCAAAGACAACCGAAGUCGAAAUCGAAGAAACUGUUGUCGUCCAAGAGGUUUCCAAAGCUCCUAAACCCGGACUUGUUACAGUUACAAUCACAUCCCCCUCGGAGCUGGAACCGCAGUCUGAAGAGGAAGCGUCGGAGGUGACCGAAGCAGCGAAAGCAGUGAAGCAGGAGAGCAUUUCGUCUGAGAGCGAGAGCGAAGAAGAAGCAGAGUACCAUCCAAACGUCUCUGUCUCCAUCUCUCACACUCAAAUACCGGAGGAGAGGGAGGAAGAGGAGGAAGAGCAGGAGAAGAAAGAGGAAGAUGUGUCAGCUCCCGACGCUCCCUCUCUGCCAGUUGAAGUCAGCACACUUGAAGAAGCGAGCAGUCGAGAGGCGGAGGAGACCAGGGAGGAUGCAGAGAAGAUAUUAGCAGAGGAGGAAAAAGAAAGCGAGAAGGAGACGGAGACGAGCACCGACUAUACAAUGGUGACGCCUGAAGAAGCCCCUAAUGGUCACGCCCUGCCUGAGAAGAGUGACACAGGCAUGUGUGCUUCUGCAGAAGAUGAAGAAGAGCCAAGAAUGAAUGGGGAAGCCUCUCUGGCUGAAGCAGAAGCUCGGCCGCAGGUUAUUUGUUGCUCUGAGCCGCCCGUGGUAAAGACAGAAAUGGUGACAAUAUCAGACACAUUCGCAGCCCAGAAAACUGAGAUAGCUACAAAAGAAGUGCCCAUCGUACAUACGGAAACCAAGACCAUCACAUACGAGGCUGCACAGUUGGAUGGUAACAGUGAUGGCGAGCCUGGUGUGUUGAUGACUGCUCAGACAAUCACCUCUGAAUCUUUGUGUACAACUACAACCACACACAUUACCAAGACGUUAAAGGGCGGCCUAUCGGAGACAAGGAUUGAGAAACGCAUCGUCAUUACUGGCGACUGUGACAUCGACCACGACCAGGCACUGGCCCAGGCCAUUAAGGAGGCCAAAGAGCAACAUCCUGACAUGUCUGUCACCAGAGUGGUGGUUCAUAAAGAAACUGAACUGGCUGAGGAGGAGGAUUGACAGAAAGCAGAGCUGAAGGGCCCAUCGUGACUGUUCUCUCUGUUGACGUCAAACGACCUCCAUCAUCCUACGACAACCAACCUAGACCGACCGAAGAGAAGCAGCAGAAGAAGAAGAAGAAGAUGAAGAAGAAGAGCUGUGUAAACAGAGAGAAGUUGCCAGUCUCUUCCCAGUUGGUCUUUCUUACAUGUCUUUGGUGCAUCUAAACCCCCCUCACUCCAAAAACCAAGAAAAAUAACUUCCUCACUCUUUCUGAGGGAACAAAAUAGAACCACUUUGUUAGUUUAACAUUUGUAGCGUGUUUUUAUUCUUUUUUUUUUUAAAUAGUGCUUUUUUUUCUUCUUCAAUUGUUUGUUUUACAAAAAGAAAGCAGAUAGUUUGUCUGUCUUGUAAUUCAAGAAAUAAAAGCUGUAGGGGUGCACUGAUAACAAAUCCUGAUACGAUACAUGGCUAAGAGUCAACAAGUUGCCAUCAUAAUAUUGAUUAUUUCACUAUUACCAGUGACUUUCAGUUGAAUAUUGCAAGUCAAAGCAAAAUCAGCUUUUUUCCUUCAGAAAGAAGCUUUAAGAAGACUCAAAAGGCGAUUUAUUUGAAGCUGAAGUUUGAUGCUUUCAGUCUGUAUCAUUAGUUAAAAGGUGAUGUUGGUGCAUUCCUGGAAAAAAAAACACUUUUAUUAAAUUACAGCUCCCUCUUCAAUUCUUUACUGUGCAAAUGGAAAGUUUUAUAAAAUAACAGAUUUUUUACAGCAACAAGUGUAGAUACCACAGUCUCACUUAUUAAAACACAUUCACAUUCAGGCCAACCAUGUCUUAUUCACAAGUUUUAAUGCGUACGAGUGCAAGAAGUAGGGAGCUGUAACUUAAGAUACUGCAGUAAAAAAUCAAUCAACCAGGUUAUUGAAAUGUUAUGGUUCUGUCUUUUAUAUUCUGUGUAAGUGUAGUUCUAAUUCAUCCACAUUCCUCAUGUGUUACCUAGCCACUUAGUGAGUCCAUGUUCAGUUCAAUUCACUUUCUGCUCCACCCUGAGAAGAGAGGACAUUUCACAGUUUUUACAGUAGGUGGGAAUAAAAUGAUUUUUAUUUGGGUUGGUGGGUUUGAGUUAAAUUAAGCUCGAGAAGCCAAAUGAUGCAGCUGGGAUUUCUUCUUUUUGAUAACUUUUACUGUAUUUUAAUUGAACUGAAGAUGAACUGACUGAAAGCUGGUGUAUACGACUUUGUGUACAGUGCAAACAAAGGUUUUUAGAUGGGAGCCGUCAUUCAUUAGCUCUCCCUGGGCUCAACCACUGUAAGACAUUAGCCAUUCCCACUGAGCCACAGGGAGGCAAGGGAGCGGACUUUAGAUUGGGAGAGAGGACCAGUAAACUGAAGCUUAAUUGGGAGGUAGAGUUGGAGCUGUGCAGUAAAAACCUACAACCAGGGAGGGGGAAGAGGAAAUUUGAACAUUGAUGCAUGUUCCAGUAAUGUUAUUUUGCAUCCUGCAGUGAGUUAAUAAAACAGUUUUUAAUAUUUAUGGACAACGCUUGAUCCACAUUUUGCAAAUUAAAGGACUCAAACAAGCACAGGUACCAAAAUGAGGACAACUUGAAACCAGUUCAGUCCCACUCCAUAAUUUGCUAACUUUGCAUCAGAGCCAGUUUGUCAUAGAUCAGCACUUAAUUUCAUUCCCAGCUUCUUCUUUUUGUGCAAGACUAGAUCAAACCAACAAAACUGAAUAGAUAUACAGAGAUCUGAGAUUAGAUUCAGCAUGUCUUCACACUUUUUUAUCUUGCAAGAGUAUCUUGAGUGAGUCUAGAUAGAAGGCUACUGUGAUGAUUGGUUUGAGAGUGUGUAGAUAUCAGAUUAUUACAGCACGUCGAGAUUAGAUUAUCAUUCACCGAGCGGCUGUGCUGCAACUGUUUCAACGCAACCAAAUAUUCCUCAGUCAUGCAUCAGUGUGGCUUUUCAUUUGAAAGUGACAUCAAGUUUACGUGAAUCCACCCCGUAACGAAACAGAUCUCGGUCAGUGCACUACAAACACAACGGAAACGGUUACAGCAGAACAGAAAAACGCAGCUUAAAGGGAAAUGUAUUUGAGGGUUUUAAGUGCUCUUGAAGCCCAUAAAUGGAUUCUUUUCAUGUUUUAUUCAUUGUCUGUCUUUGUACGCACAUGUUCAGCAGAAAAAUUCAACACAAGCGCUGCUGUGUGUGAAUAUCAGUGGCAUUGAAUCGGUUAUGAGAAGGUGCUUGUUCUUAAGCAUUUAGAUGACACAAAAAAAAGCAACACCUUUUUCCUGAAAUCCAAUGUGAUUGUAGCAAAGAAGUGCCACAGAUCAGUCUAAAAACAUUCCACCCUUAUCUGCCUAGAUUUGUCUGAUCCCCCUGUCUGACAGGACGCAUUGGUAUUUUGAAUUGGAGUGAAUAGAAGAAUUUAACAAUGGCUUGAUGGAGUGUUAAUGACUGUCCUUGGCUUUCUUUGGGAAACUCUUGUCUGAUCUUUACUAUGCAGUUAAAUUACAUUCCACAUGAGGGGGGCGCUUUAACCUCUGACCCUCCUGCAAAGAAACAAAGCAGCAGAAAAACAUUUAAAAACAAUCUCUAGGCAGCUUUGGAAGCAUACGCUCCUUACAAAAUAAAAUCUGUAGCGGUAUUUGUAGAUUUUCUCAUAAUUUUGUUGUCUUUUCUCUGUGAAGCUAAUCUAGUUGUCAAAAGGUGGGAUUUAUUGUGCGCUCUCUUGGAUGUUUUUAAUAUUGUCCCGUGCUUUUGACAUUGGAGGAAGACCACUACAAAUCAUCUCCACCAUUGUUUCCUUUUUGUACUUCAAGCCCCGAGUUGAACCUCUUUUCAGAGGCAUGGGCUCUGGUUUAACCCAUCACAGGAGCUUUGAGGCUGCCAGGUCUGCUUCUCCAAAAUGCUGUAGGUGCUGUCUUGUUAAUUUUUAGAAGAUACAAAAAAAAAAUCUGAGGGUGAAUUUUUGCAAUCAGUAACUUUUAUUGAGAUAAACCAAUGCCAGCUGAUUCUGAAAGUGUCAGUGAUCUCAACAUGGAGACAUUAUGGAGGGCAAAAUUACACAGAAAACAAGAAAUUGCUGCUGUAAGAUAAGAUUUAACUCACACUCCAACAUCUCUCUGUUCGAGGCUGAUAAAGCUUCAAAAGGCAAACACCAAUCGGACUUCACUCUUCACAGUUACAUCUCAGGCUUUGUCAAACAGUUCAGACACGUGAAAAAGAGUAAGGUCAGUUAAUACCAGCACAAUUUUGUAUUUUAGCUACUCAAAAGUUUGUUGACAAACCCAUUUUGGGAAACUGACCACAGCUGCCUCAUUGUUCCUCUCUUAGCCAACCAAUGAUCACUGUAGGUAUUUUCUAUCUAGCAGCUUGAUUGUCUUGUGUCUCCCCACACGCAGCCACUCCUCCCCUGUGUAACACUGUUUAAAUAAAGGAUUGUUAUACUCUGAAA